AACAUAAAUCAGUUGCCAACUUGGGUGCCUAAUUUAAUAGCCUUCUUCCUCGAUUACGUGCACAUCCUGAGAUUUCAAGCAAGAGAGAUCAUAGCAACUGGAUGGAUCAAGUAGCCUUCAACAAUUCUCCUGAAUCCCCAUUGAUUUCUAACUCUGAAACUGCUACUCAUCCUGCCAAAAAAAGCUAUGACAAAACUGAGAUAAUCACUGAACUCAAGAAACAAAUGAGCUUGGCAGGACCUCUAAUUUUUGUCAGUUUCUUGCAAUACAGUCUACAGAUGAUCUCGGUCAUGUUUGUAGGCCGUCUCGGAGAGCUGUCUCUUUCAAGUGCUUCAAUGGCUACUUCAUUUGCGGGAGUUACUGGUUUUGGUUUCAUGCUGGGAAUGGGAAGUGCACUAGAGACAUUCUGUGGGCAAGCCUACGGAGCACAACAGUACCAUAUGCUGGGUGUGUACAUGCAAAGAGCUAUGCUAGUUCUUGUACUUACAAGCAUCCCUAUAUCAUUGAUUUGGCACUUCACAGGCCAGAUUUUCAUAAGCCUCAAGCAAGACCCACAAAUUUCAAUCCACUCAGGAAUCUAUGCACGGUGGUUGAUCCCUGCCAUUGUUCCAUAUGGUCUUCUUCAGUGCCAGCUUAGAUUCCUACAAACCCAGAACAUUGUUUGGCCAUUGGUGUUAAGUACUGGCAUCACAAGUUUGGUCCAUCUUCUCAUUUGCUGGACAUUCAUCUUUAGAUUCGGCUUUGGCAAUGAAGGGGCUGCCCUGUCUAUUGCAAUCUCUUACUGGACCAAUGUGCUUAUUUUAGCUAUCUAUGUCCAAUUUUCUCCAACAUGCCAAAAUACUUGGACAGGUUUCUCCAGGGCAGGAACCAAAAAUCUGCUUAGUUUUCUUAAAUUGGGAAUACCUUCAGCUCUAAUGGUUUGCUUGGAACUCUGGUCGUAUGAGUUUUUAGUUAUUAUGUCAGGUCUACUUCCAAAUCCGAAACUAGAAUUGUCAAUGAUGAGCAUCAGCUUGAAUACGAGUUCUGUGGUAUUCAGAAUCCCCUUUGGCCUCGGUAGUGCUGUGAGCACAAGAGUUUCAAAUGAGUUAGGCUCUGGGAGACCUCAUGCUGCACAUUUGGCAGUACAGAUUGUAAUUUUCUUGGCACUUAUAGAGAAUUUAUCACUAAGCUUACUUCUAGUUGCAGUUAGGGAUGUUUGGGGUUUCUUGUACACUAAUGAAAAGGAAGUUGUAAGAUAUUUGGCAUCUGUAGCGCCAUUGCUUGCAUUAUCCAACUUCAUGGAUGGGAUACAGACUGUGCUCUCAGGUACUGCUAGAGGUUGUGGGUGGCAAAAGAUUGGUGCAUGUGUAAACUUAGGAGCUUACUACGUUGUAGGCCUACCUUCUGCUAUAGUUCUGACUUUUUUCUUCCACUUAGGAGGAAAGCUAAUUGUUGCAGGGACUUUGGAUGGGAAUCAUAUGUGGUAGUUCUAUACAAGCUGUUUUGCUUUUAGCCAUUACUAUGCACGCUAAUUGGGAGCAGGAAGUACAUAAAUAUAUGUCUUUCCUUUUAAGGCCAUCUAUAAGUUAACCACAUGAAUGGAUUUUUGUUCUAAUUUUCUGUAUUUCUCUCAGGCCAAGAAGGCCAAGGUUAUGGUAUGUGCUUCCAGAAUCUCAACAGAUGAGCCUACGGAAGUAGUUUAAUUAGUAACUGUUGCUGCUCGGAGUGUUGGCUCUAUGCAGAUGUGGACAUGAUCAGUGCAAAGUGACCAAGCUCAAGUUCUAAAACAUAAUAUGAAACAAUCUAAGCACUUGAGAAAUUCCGUUUCCUGUCUGAAGAUUCAACAUCUACCAGCCAGGAAUUUCCAAAUGAUAUUUCCCUUCCAAUUUCUGAGAAAAAUACAUUAAGAACUAUAUAUUUUAGGACCUUAAUUUUCUAUUAAAUUAUUUUUAUUUUUCA